UGAGCCUCGACGAAACCAGUUACCAGCAAAUAAAAAACUAGACAUUUCAAGACUGGCCAAACAGUAGACAUUUCACAUACACUGUUCAGUCUUCAGUUCUUAUCAUAUGCUAUACACCUGGUUAAGGAUCAACUGUUGAUACAGUUCCUCAUCAGAUAGAGAGAUUUCUAGGGUUAAGCCGAAGAGCCAAAGACCAAAGGACCUGAACCAAACCCUAGCCCCGUACAAACCGAAUCUGUAGAGGUACUAAAACUCUUUUCUUCCAUAUCUUUGCUCAGAAACAGAAACAGCAGUUUGUACUUGUACUAUAAAUGCCCUCCCACAUAUUAUGAUUAUCUGCAAGGUCAACUGUUCAAGGUUUGGUUUACAUGGCUAGAAAUCAGUUUCAAAGUGUAUUCAUCUUAGAUCUCCAUUUGGGUUAUGUUGUCUGUCUAAAUAAAGCCUUUUCUGGGUAAGAUCUAGGGUUUCUGCUGCUUCCGUGGAUUGUGGGUUUACUUGGAGAAGAAAAUACUAUGUCAAUUUAAGGUGUGCAAAAAUAGAAAAAUGUUUACUGUGAACUUCGGGCCUGAACAAGAAAAUUAACCUAUACAUAUACAUACACUUUGUGUUGCAAUUUCUGUUUCUAUUACCCAGAGUAACGGAAGGGUGCUGGUUGGUGCAUUCAAGAAUUAUUUGAUUUUAGUCCUUUUUAAAGAUAAACAAUUUAGUUGAAAAGGGAUGGCAAAUAGGUGGUGGGCUGAAAAUGCGGUGAUGAAUUCGAUGUCACUAUCUUCUGCUCCGUCUCUCCACUUAAGAAACCCUGAUGAAGAUGAAAAUGCUGGAUUGAACCGCCGUGGACAGCGGCGGAGGAGGGAGCAAGAAUUCUUGGACACAACCACCAAUGCAUCAAAUAGCAGUGGAAGCAAUACCAAUCAAAACCCUCGCUCAAUCAACCAAAACCCCGAAGACGGAGAUAUCCGAGAAAACGAGCAUGAAGCUGAAGAUAGUGAGAAUCCUGCUGGAGAUCUCGAAAUCUCGGACCGUAGUGGCUCGGGCGGACGCCGGCCUAGAGGAAGGCCACCUGGGUCUAAGAACAAGCCCAAACCUCCAAUUGUGAUUACAAAAGACAGUCCUAAUGCGCUUCGAAGUCAUGUCUUGGAAAUCAGUAGUGGCAGCGACAUUGCCGAGAUGAUUUCAACCUUUGCGCAGAGCCGUCGCUGUGGUGUCUCAGUUUUGAGUGGCAGUGGAAUUGUGACCAAUGUUACAUUGCGCCAGGCGGCUGCACCUGGUGGUGUGAUAACUCUUCAAGGUCGAUUCGAGGUAUUGUCGUUAUCCGGGGCAUUCUUGCCGGCACCAUCUCCACCAGGAGCCACCGGACUCACGGUGUUCUUGGCAGGUGGUCAGGGGCAGGUGGUCGGCGGCACUGUAGUGGGUGCAUUGAGAGCAUCUGGUCCCGUGAUGGUAAUUGCUGCUACAUUUACAAAUGCAACAUAUGAAAGAUUGCCUCUAGAGGAGGAGGAGCCGGUGGCCACUCAAGGAACGCAAUUACAGCCAACUUCAGGAGUUAAUACUGGAAUAAGUGGUGGCAGGACAGGAUCUCAGCCACAGGGUUUGGCUGCUGAUCCGCCAUCAUCGUCCAUGUCUUUGUAUAACCUGCCACCGAAUUUGCUGCCCAACAGUCAGAUGCCGCUUGAUGUUUUCUGGGCUCCGUCGCGUCCUCCACCGUCUUAUUGAGGCCUGCGGAAUUAAUGUGGGAAAGCAAGAGAGUAUCGUUAAUUCAUGGUAGUUUUUCUGAACGCUUUUGAAGUUCUUAGGAAUCAAGAAUCAAGGUUAGACUUUCUUGACGCUCUUGUAUUCCAUGUAAAUCGCAUUUCUGAGUCUGACUAGUUUGUUCGACCCCAACCCUCCUUAAACUUUAUGUCUUUAUGACUGCAUCUUAUGAGACUACUGUUUAAUUUACAUCUUCUCCGAGCUACUUUGGCUGGAACUAACCAUGUCAAAUAAUGUGUUGAAGAUAAUUGGAAAUAAAUUGCUGCAUCUUAUCUAUA